AUGCAAAGAGAAAAGCGUAUACCUUAAAAGACUUGGCGAUAUGAAGAAUACUCUCCACCAAGGCGAUCCUCAUAAUCAACUAAUCAAAAUAAAAGAAAGAGAGAAUUAUCCUAUUAUAAAAUACAUAAAUUCUCAUAAAACUCUUAAUUUACUAAAGAAGAAGACGAAAGCAUUCUUUAAUAUGUUAAAGAAUUAGGACCUAAAUUUGUUAAAAUAGCUACUUAUUUUCCUAGUAAAUCAUAUAGUAUGGUGAAAAACAGAUAUUAUAAACAUUUAAGAAAUAAGGUGUUUGAAAGAAAAGAAAGUUAAGAAUUGAACCCUAAUAAUUAAGACACUACUUAAUAAUUGAAAAAUAUAAUACUAAAACCUGACAAUCAAAAAAUAGAAGAGUUGAAUUAACUUAUCUCAUCUAUAAAUUUAUUUCCAGAAAUAACAGAAAUAACCAAAAGUUUUAUAGGUGAAUUAUAAAAGUGCCUUCUCUGA